UUUAAUUAGUGCAGAAGAAAUAUAGAGAGAUAAACCAAAAAUGAUGAAAAGGACAAGCUCACAUGAGCCGAACCAGAUCACUCAUGGGCCCCUACGUAUAAUCCUUCUCUCUCAAUUCUCAAUUCAUGGGUCUUUCUUUAAUAGCUGAAAAAAGCAAGAAAAUUUAUAUUACUGCUGCUCUAGGUGAGAGAGAAGCUUCGAGGGAGGUAACUUGGAAGCAAAAACCCUCACUCUUUCUCUCUGUGUGGUAGCUAGGUCAACAACAAGGGCAACUUGCUCCCUUUCAUGUGUGUAAUGAAUUAUCCAUGGCUUGUCUUGUUUAGGGUUUUGGAGUGCUAUUUUUGGUCAAAGAAGAAGGCACCGUCCGUUUGGUUGUACUGAGACAGCUCCCUUUUGCUUCUCUUGUGGCCUCACAGAUCUUGAAGCAAAAUCUUCCAAUCAAGAAUACAAAUCUUUAACAGAUCUACUGUGAUAAGAGGCUCAAGAAUUCGAGGUGGGUCAUCAUGAACUUUGUUGAACAAGAAAGAGGGUAUUGUUAUAAAGAAGAACAAGAAGAAGAAGAAGAGGAAGAAGAGAUGAUGCCAAGCAAGCUCCCUUUUUCUUCUCCCUCAUCUUCAUCUUCUUCUUCCACCAAGUACAGAAAUUUUCUGCCACAACACCAGAAUCUGUGGCUUGGGUCAUCCGAAUCUCAACAAGAAUACAAAAACCAAGAAUCAUCAUCUCUCAAUUUUGACAACAGACUAGAGCUCAUGGACCUAUCACUGGGGAACGACAAUGGAACUGUUAAUACCGGUGGUAGUACUAAUGAGUCUAUUGAGAGGGAGCAUAUGUUUGAUAAAGUAGUGACCCCAAGCGAUGUAGGCAAGCUAAACCGGCUCGUGAUACCAAAGCAACACGCAGAGAAGUACUUUCCCCUCGACUCAACGUCUAACGAGAAAGGCCUCCUCUUGAAUUUUGAAGACCGGAACGGCAAGCCGUGGCGAUUCCGGUAUUCUUAUUGGAACAGUAGCCAGAGCUAUGUGAUGACCAAAGGGUGGAGCCGGUUCGUCAAGGAAAAGAAGCUUGAUGCAGGCGAUGUCGUGUCAUUUCAGCGAGGCGUGGGUGAGUCAGGGAAGCACCGUUUGUACAUAGACUGGAGACGCAGGCCUAAUGCACCAGAUCCAACAUCAUUUGCACAUUUAGAGCUGCAAAAUCAGCUACACUUCCCACAGUCGGUGAGGUGGGGCAGGCUUUACUCGUUGCCUCAGCCUUUGUCGUCUUUUCCACGACCAUAUGAACAACCUCAAUUCCAGCAUUUGAGUUAUAGUAUUCAUCAUCAUCCUUAUCAUCAUCAACAUCAUUAUCAUCAACAACCGCAGUAUUACUUAAGGCCAGCAGGGGCACUUCCAAUUGAGGCAGUGCACCAACAAGGAGGGGAUCAAGCACGAAUGGUGAUUGAUUCAGUUCCAGUUGUUCAUGGUAGAAAUGUGGGAAAGCGGCUGAGGCUCUUCGGUGUAAACAUGGAGUGUCCCACACAAGACGAUCACUCUUCUUCAUCUUCUUUUUCUGGUACCAUACAAGCACAUGGCAGCAGCACAACCAUGGGUUCAUUCUCGCGUCAUUUAGCUCCUUUAUCUCUUCAGCCUUACCAGUCAAGGGUAGCCAGUAGCGGUCCAAUGACAACAACGCAAGAAGCUGAGUUUUCAAAGAAAGGAAAGACUUCCUUGUCUUUUGAUUUGGAUCUUUGAUGAUGACAUAUACAUCGAUCAAGCGAAGAAGCUAGAGAUAUAUAUACCACUUCUUCUGUUAGUAGCGCUACUCCACAUCUAAUUUUGCCAUAUGGGUACUGAAUAUUUGAUAAGAAAAAAAAAAUUAAGCCUUUUUGGGUUUCUUAAUUUCCCUUCUUCCUUUAAGUUGUUCUAAUUGUCAGUACAUCAUCAAGUUUACCUGCGAUUCGGGUUUGUGGAGAGCUAGCAGUGCAAUAUCUAUACAUAUAUAUAUGUGGAGUUGAAAAUAUAUCCCUUUCCGCUUUUACUUUAAAAUAAACUUUGUAUAAUUUUACAUACAUAUUCACAAAUAAUUUAAUAGCACAUUUUCAUCA